UUUGCAAUAAAACAGCAUGAUGACGACGAAUGGUCAUUGUUUUCGCAAUGGCGCUGUGCUGGAUGGUUUUGACGCUGGUCCUGGCUGCUGGAGAGAUGGAGGCAGCAUCGGAUCAUUCCAUAACCAUGAGUAAUGUCAACGCGCAUUAUGGGAAGACGCUGGAGAUGUGUCGGGAGGAGGCUCAAAUAUCUCCCGAGAUCAUGCAAGAAUGGCAUCACAUCUGGGAUGAUGACUUCGAGGUAGUACAGAGAGAGAUCGGCUGCGCCAUCAUCUGUAUGUCCCACAAGUUCUCCUUACUGCAGGAUGACAAUCGAAUGCAUCAUGAAAGCAUGUUUGAUUAUAUCAGAAGUUUCGAUAAUGGUGACGUUCUCUCAGCAACAGUGGUAGAACUAUUCCAUAACUGCGAGAAGCAAUACGAGGACAUCGAAGACGACUGCAGCCGUGUAACCAAGGUCAUGGCCUGCUUCAAGGUUGAGGCCAAGAAGGCUGGCAUCGCGCCCGAGGUGGCCAUGAUUGAAGCUGUGCUGGAGAAAUAUUGAAACCCGAUGGCAGAAUUUGGAAAUCGCAACGAUACAGGAUUGACGUGUUUUAGCCACUUCCGAUAUUUUUGUCUGUAAUACCUACAUAAGUGAAUAUAUGAACGAAUAAAUUAUAACCUAGUUUUGUUGCAUCGAUAAUAAUUGAUUUUGAUUACUUGUGUUUAACUACUAACCAUUAAAAUUUGCCGUUACAGUGAAAUUUAUUGUUUUAUUUUUAAUGAAUGACUAUGCAUACUUUGCGGAAAUCCAGAUGCUGGAGAUGUUGACGGUUUCAGUUGUCGGACGUCAGACCGUCAACUUCUCCAGCAUCUCCUGAGGAUGCCUCGUAGAGAGACAAAACACGUGUCGAGUUUUGUGCUUUUCGUGGUGGGUUGUUAUAUUUAUU